UGAGGCAAACUAAAAUCAACGUGGCCUCUCGCAGGCUGUACGGAAAGAGACGGGGCGCGAGGGGAGGGAGCAGAGAGGAGGGUGAUGCUGUGGUCUGAGGAGCGGCUCUUCUCUUUCACCUCACCUCCCCUGUGAUGCUGUGCAGCUUCUGAUCGCGUUUUUUGUUUUUUUUCUCCUCCUCCUCCUCCUCCUCCUCCUCCUCCUCCUCCUACAUUUUCAACACGUCCCUGUUUCGGGGAGCGGUGUCGCUGAAUCACCAUGUCGGACUCUGAGGACAUGACGGAGUUCGCCAGCAUCGUGGAGCGGAUCGAGCGGGGCGAGGUCCCGAUCAAAAACAUCGAGAGGGAGCUGAUCUGCCCCAUCUGUAAGGAGCUCUUCACCCAUCCGUUGAUCCUGCCCUGCCAGCACAGCGUCUGCCACAAGUGUGUCAGGGAGCUGCUGAUGCUCAACCAUGAGGACUCCUUUGACGCCGGCUCCGAGUGCUCCCUGCCGGGCAGCCCCCGGUCCAGGGUGCCCUCCCCUUCCAUGGAGAGGCUAGACAGGCUUGUGAGAUCAGCCACAGUGCGAAGGUCGCUUGGAAGUCGAGGCUCCAUGUCGUCCCCCGGGUGGCGUCGAGGCUCCGUGACGCCACGGGUCACCGCCAUCCCGUGCCCGGGCUGCCAGCACGACAUCGACCUCGGCGAGCGCGGCAUCAGCAUGUUGUUCCGCAACUUCACCCUGGAGAACAUCGUCGAGCGCUACCGCCAGGCGGCCCGCGCGGCCGUGGCCAUCACGUGCAACAUCUGUAAGCCGCCGCAGCAGGAGGCUACAAAGAGCUGCAUGGACUGCAAGGCCAGCUUCUGUAACGAAUGCUUCAAGCUGCACCACCCAUGGGGCACACCCAAAGCGCAGCAUGAGUACGUUGGGCCCACCACAAAUUUUAGGCCCAAGGUGCUCAUGUGUCCAGAGCACGAGAUGGAGAAGGUGAACAUGUACUGUGAGGUCUGCAGACGACCCGUGUGUCACCUCUGCAAGCUGGGAGGAUCCCACGCCAACCACAAGGUCACCUCCAUGAGCAGUGCCUAUAAGAUCCUCAAGGAGAAGCUGGCCAAGAGUAUCCAUUACCUCAUCAGCAAAGAGGACCAGGUCAGGACUCAGAUUACUGAUCUCGAGGUGCUCAUCAAUCAGACCGAGGAAAAUGGACAGGUAGCAGAGCGUCAAGCCAACGAGCACUUUGAGCACCUGUUUGAGACUCUGCAGGAGAGGAAGUCAGAGAUGCUGAAGUCCAUCGAACAGUCCAGAAGCCGACGCCUGGACCAGCUGAAGGUUCAGGUGGAGGAGUACCAGGGCAUGCUGGAGAACAGCGGUCUGGUGGGCUACGCUCAGGAGGUGCUGAAAGAGACGGAUCAGUCGUGCUUCGUACAGACUGCGAAGCAGCUGCAUACCAGGAUCCAGAAGGCCACGGAGUCUCUGAGGACCUUCCACCCGGCAUCUGACCCCUGCUUUGAUGAGUUUGUGCUGGACGUAUCCAAAGAGGAAACUCUGCUCAAAGAGAUGUGCUUUGGUGGAGUUCCAGACCCUCCUCUGAUCGACCUGUCCAAUAGCAGGGUCUAUAACGAGGCCUCGAUCUUCUGGAGGCUGUCUGAUGACCACCUACCCACAGAUCACCACAUGCUUGAGUACCGCAGACUCGGGGGCCCGAGCAAGUCCCCGUCCCAGGAGGACAGCGAGGACAGUGGGGCCUGGAGGACUACAGAGAAGGUGUACGGUCCCAGCACUGUGGUGAGUGACCUGGACCCUGACAGCCUGUACUCCUUCAGGGUCCGAAGCUGCAGGAACUCCAUGUUCAGCCCCCACAGCCCCGAGGUUACCUUCCACACGCCGCCUGCACCUGCUUUUGGCUUCCUAUUCAGCGACAAGUGUGGCUUCAGUACGGAUCGCCUCAUUCUGAACAAGCGUCGGGACACUGUGGAAAGUGUGGCGAGCAUGGCCUUCCUCCUUGCAGCAGAACGUGUGCAGACGGGCAGCUACAUUGGCCUGGACUACAUCAUUGGGGACACGGGCAUCUCCCAGGGAAGACACUACUGGGCCUUUAAGGUGGAGCCGUACUCCUACAUGGUUAAAGUUGGAGUGGCCUCUGACUCAAAGCUGCUCGAAUGGUUCCACAAUCCCAGAGACACCAGCAGCCCGAGGUAUGACCAAGACAGUGGUCACGACAGCGGCAGUGAGGACACGUGCUACGAGCUCUCCCAGCCCUUCACCCUCCUCACCCUGGGGAUGGGCAAACUCUUCAUCCCCAAGACCUCCUCAUCCUCUACAGUGAGCGCCACGCCUGGCGACCCUGGCGGCCGCGUGCUCCCCAUGCCGCAGCGCUUGGGCGUGUGCCUCGAUUACGACGCCAGCCGGGUGUUCUUUUACGACGCCGACACCAUGCGGUGCCUUUACGAGAGGCAGGUGGAUUGCUCGGGAACGAUGUAUCCAGCUUUCGGGCUCAUGGGCGGCGCCAAGGUUCAACUGGAGGAUUUCAUCACUGCUAAGAGACUGACGUUCUGAGGAGGGCUGGAGGAAGCGGACGCGUUAGGAGCCGCAUCUUUAGUAAUGGGAGGAGUAGGUUUUAAUGACAGGGUGAUGGAGUACGAUCCAAAAUCGUUUUUUUGUUUGUUUUUUGAUCAGAGUCUUCAGUACUAAAUGGGCUCUCUGCCAGAGAUUUACAGCUGGCUUUUUUAAUGUAUGAUCCUUACACGAGAGUAAGACGCUGAGUAGAAGUAUCCUCAUACAAAGGUCUUCAGAUGUUGGUGUGUGAAAGAUCUUCUCUACGUACCAAAGUCUGUGUUAAUUACAUUUGACCUGGUUUUAAUUGUCCGCUAUCAUUAACUGUUAAUAUAGUGGAAUUAGCUAUCCGUCUGCAGCUACUUUAAAUCCUUUUUAACAUGAAACGCCUUUGUUUAUACUUACUGCUCCUACUUUGCAAGACAUGUUCAUGGAUUAAGUAUUCAUUUUUGGGUGAUUUUUGUUUUUGGCUCUUUAACUACUUGUGCAAAAGUAGCAACAUAAGUUAAGAUGUAAUGGUGGUGGACCUAAGAGCCUUGUAGCUACUAUAAAGCUAGUGCCUUUGUGCCUUUUUUUAAUUUUUAUUUAUUUUUAAGGAAAUGCGUCUUUGUUUGCUCUAGCAAGCAGAUGUUGGUGUCAUUGCACAAGCAUCAUAGAAAUACUUUGCAUAAAUACUGUAUAAUAGGUUUUUAUUGUAAUUUGUCACAGACAAGGUUGUAACUGGUAUUACUGUACUUCCCUUUUUCCUCCCUACCGAUCACUGAAAACACUACCUUUCCUCUAUGUCACAAUUAUGUUUAGCAGUUUUUGCACAAUGAAUGAAGCGUGUCACGAUAAUCUUUCAUCCCGUUUUGAUCACUACCUACUUGCUUCUUCACAUUAAUGUCUCCCAUUGACUGUCCCACUCUGAAGCGUUUCUCCUUUUACCAUCAACGUUGAUCCUUGGAGUUACUUUGAUUUUUAGAGCCUCUCACUGUUUGCACAGCUCUGAAUGUCACUUCCACACUGUAAAAUCAGCCUGCUACCCGAACACUGUGUACUUGUAGUCAACGUCUGUUACACUGCUGCAAAGGUGCUAACGCCCAAAGCGCGGGGAAAGUGGCGGCGCUGACCAAUCUGUGGCCUGGCAGCCUCGACCGGUUUUAAAAACACUCCAGCGCAACACUUCAGGUUCUUACAAAAAGUACUCACGAGCACAUUUCGGGACCAUUUUUUAUUUAUCUAUUUUUACUAAAAACUGGUUUACUUGCAGUGCAGACGCAUGGGGUGUAGCAUACUAGUACGUCACAGGGAGAUGGGCUAUCAGACGGAUCACAUAAGUAGUUGAUUGGCUUUGGUUUAAAUCAGUCUAAGAAGGCUCACUAGACAGGUGCUGGGUUUUUCUACAGACGUGUACUGCAUCUUUUCUUUGUUCAGUUGUGUGCAUUUAGAUUUCUGCAGGGUCAGGGUAAUGGAUGUGUGUGUUUUCUCAGGUUUCCUGCCCUGAUGGGGGGCCUUUUGCUACCUACCUCUAUCCAUCGGGCCUGGGAAACCUUACUGCUGUACAUUCUGCUCACAGAAAUGAGUUUGGUUUGAUUUGCUCAGUAUCUCCGCCUUCUGUUUAAUGUUGAUUUGUAAAUUGAUUCUUUUUUUUUUUUUUUAAAUGUUUGCUUCAACUUUCAUGUACAUGUUAAUCCAGAGUAUAUUAUUUUCAGUGAAAUAAAGUACACCUUAAAUGUUAGUGGGUGUUUUGCUUGUGGACUUGAAAGCUGUGUAUUACUAUUGGUGUAACUUGCAAAUGUUCAGCUGCCUUUGUCGAGGGAGAGCUUUUCAAAUGGUACUAAACUUUUCUUCCUGCUUUG